AUGACUAAACCGUCAACAUUUCUAGUGCCCGGCGACAAGACGUCUGCCGGGACGCUCGCCAUUAUCAGCUUAUCGCGCGACAACUUCCUGCCGCUGACGCUGGAGAAAUCAACGGGUGCAGUCGACGGUUACCUCGAGGGUGCAACAUUAAAUACCCGAUUUGGCUCAUAUCCUCACUCAACAUUGCUCGAUGUGCCAUGGGGCUCCCAGGUCCGCGCGUCGAAUGUCGAUACGGGCUCUCGAGGCAAGAAGCGGAGACGAGAUGCUACCGACGAAGAUACCCCCAUAGCCAGUCAGGAUGAUGACGAUGAUUCCACGGCUGCCAACGCACCGGUAAAGAAGGCUGUUACAGCACCGAGCGGUUUCAUCUAUGUCUUGCGUCCUACUCCCGAGCUCUGGACUACUAGUCUACCGCACAGAACGCAAGUCGUAUAUACACCAGAUUACAGCUAUAUCCUCCACAGGAUACGAGCCAGGCCCGGAACCAGAAUUAUUGAGGCUGGAGCUGGCAGCGGAAGCUUUACUCAUGCAUCUGUGAGAGCGGUUUACAACGGAUACCCACGAGACGCGGACGAUGUGAAGGGAAAGGUUUUCAGCUUUGAAUUUAACGAAUCGCGAUAUGAGAAGAUGCAGGUGGAAAUUGGACACCACGGGUUGGACGACCUUGUUAAGCUCACACAUCGUGAUGUAUACAAUGACGGAUUUAACGUUAACGGCGAGUCGCCCAAUGCGACAGCUGUCUUUUUGGAUCUGCCUGCUCCCUGGGAGGCUUUACAUCAUCUUUCAAGGCGAAAACUCCAGAAGGGGGGCGAAGAAGCUGAGGAGGACAGCAAUUGGGUAUCACCACUAGAUCCUAAGCAGAGCGUCCACAUUUGCACAUUUUCGCCUUGCAUAGAACAAGUUACUCGAACAGUCACGGAGCUGAGAACCCUGGGUUGGGUUGAUGUGGACAUGGUGGAGAUUUCAAACCAGAAGAUCAACAUAUCAAGAGAAAAGGUUGGAGUAAACUACCCGACCGAGAAAGGAUACAAUUCCUCCCCAGCAGAUGUUUUAGAAGCUGUUACAAAGCUCAAAAGUCUUGCCGACAGGAAUAAGGAGACUCAGAGAGUUCAGGUGCUACAGACAGGAGCCGAGGGACCUGACAGCGAAAUGGAUCUAGACUCCACUCCUAACCGCGAAAACCAGCCUUCAAAUUCGAAUGGAGCCGUUGACGAUAUGGAGAAGCCUUGGAUGCAGGGACGGCUCGUUCACAGACCGGAGAGCGAACUCAAAACUCACACUUCUUACCUCGUGUUUGCUAUUCUGCCGUGUGAAUGGGACGAGGAGGCCGAGGCUGCGGCCAUGGCUAAAUGGCCAUGCGGAAACGAGAAGAAGACGAUUGGCAACCUUGACAAGCAGGCCCGCAAGGAAGAGAAGAGAAAGAUGCUAGAAGGGAAAUCCAAGAAGCAGAAGAAGGGGAGUGAUACCCAAACAAAGCAGGUUGUAGUGUCAGCUGUGGCGACGCCAACGACGGAUACGGCGUAA